AUGCAAGCGGGCCAGAAGGGCGCCUGGCGAGUCGCGGUCGCGAUUUGUCCCCUCUGGCGACGCCCUUGCGAGAAGCUAACUUGCCCACCUGGGGCAAACGGAACAACCCACCCUCGCCUUGCCGCACCCACCGCUGCUUCUUCUCUCUACAAUUCACAUUGCCUGCGCGGCCUCGACCACACAUCACACGACGAACGACGCCCCGAGACUAUUUCAACCUUGAUUUACGGCUCAGAAAAGGCGCUGUACCCACUGCACCCGUCCUGCCAUCGCUACCUAAUUGGAAAAGGUAACCCCGGCAGCAUGGACGAGGAAAACAUUAGCAGCUUUGCUGGCAUCACCGGCUCUAGCACCGAUGUCGCUCGCGGGUUCCUCCAGAUCGCCAAUGACAACCUCGAACGUGCCAUAGCCCUCUUCUUUGAGAACCCAGAGCUGGUAUCUGGCAUGAGCGCUGGUCUUUCUAGAACCACCACCGUCACUGCCACGGCGGUCCCCACGACUACAUCGCGAGCUCGAGGCGGUGCUUCAAGAGCAGACCCGAGCGGCGUCAUUCACAUUCCUAGCGACGACGAAGAAAUGGACGACAGCUACGCUGACAGUGGCGCCGAAGACACCGUAAACGACGAUGACGACGACGACGACGACAGCGGCCACCAGGCAGCACUGCUGGCGGCCAACUACGCACAAGAGGAUGAGGAUGCCGCCAUGGCCAGGAGACUACAAGAAGAGCUCUAUCAGAGUGGCGGAGGCGGUGAAGGUCAUGUGCGCGCCCCGAUUGCGAGAACGACAGAGACGCUGGUGGCCCCGGGAUCUGCCUGGGGACCGGAUGAUGAUGCGGCUGUUUUGGAGAGCCUUCGACGGCGCCGACCGGGAGCGAGAGGACGCGUUAGCGGCCCAACCGGUCCGUUUUCACAGCGUAUAUGGGGAGACGGUACCUCAUCGGUAGGCGAGUCAUCAGCCGGAAGAGCGGCCAACGGCACGCACGCGCGGCGACUGGAAGAUUUGUUUCGCCCGCCAUACGAGCUCAUGGCUCGCAUGUCGUGGGACGAGGCCCGUACGCUGGGCAAAGGCGACAGCAAAUGGAUCCUAGUCAACCUGCAGGACAUGAGCGACUUUAACUGCCAGGCACUCAACCGCGAUAUCUGGAAGGAUCAGUCCAUCAAAGACCUGGUGUCGGAGAACUUCAUUUUUCUGCAGUACGACAAAGAUUACCCCGACGCAGAAGAGUACCUCACGUUUUACUUUCCCAACCGCACGCACGAGAACCCCGACAACUACCCGCACGUCUCCAUCAUUGACCCACGGACGGGCGAGCAGGUCAAGGUCUGGUCCGGGCGGCCGUUUCCUGGCGCGAGCGAGUUUCACGCCGAGCUGGCCGAGUUCCUGGACCGGUACAGCCUGGCGGCCAACAGCAAAAACCCCGUGGCCAAGCCUAGCGGGCCCAAGCCAGCCGUGGUUGACGUGGGCCGCAUGACGGAGGAGGAGAUGCUAGAGAUGGCGCUCAAGAACAGUCUCAGCGGGCCCGGUGCGGGCGGCAGCGGCAGCAGCGGCGGCAAUUCGACGUCGACACCCAGCAUUCACGAUCCAGACGCCCUCACCAAAGAUCAGGGCAAGGCGGCCGAGGACUCGACAGCGGACGAGCCGAGCUCACGUGCGUUUGCGCAAAUCUCAUCGACGAAUCCACAUGCCGAGCCGGCCAACGACCCGGCGACGACGACGCGGAUCCAGUUCCGGCACGCCAACGGCCGCGUGAUUCGCCGCUUCCAGGUCACGGAUACUGUACGGACGCUAUUCGAGUGGCUCAAGGCCGAGCCGUUUGAAGGCAAAGAGGGAGUCGUGUUUGAGCUCAAGAAGAUGCCGCAGGGCCAGGACCUAAUGGAGACUCUCGAGGCCACGAUUGAGGAGGCGGGGCUGAAGCAGGGCACGGUCAUGAUUGAGUUUAUCGAGGACUAG